GAGACCUUAAGGGGCUUUUUGGUUUACUCAUGGUUUACAUGCAGCAGCUGAGAGCUAAACUGAAAAUAUUAGAUAUUUCAUAUGGACAUGGGACAGGUAACACAGCUCUCAUAUAUCACCAUGGGAAACUUCUAGCUCUUUCAGAGGGAGACAAACCUUAUGUUCUCAAAGUUUUGGAAGAUGGAGAUCUGCAAACAGUUGGCUUGUUGGAUUAUGACAAGAGAUUGAAGCAUUCCUUCACUGCUCAUCCAAAGGUUGACCCUUUCACUGGGGAGAUGUUUACAUUUGGCUAUUUGCAUGAUCCACCAUAUGUCACAUACAGAGUAAUUUCAAAGGAUGGUUUCAUGCAUGAUCCUAUACCUAUAACAGUACCAGCUCCUAUCAUGAUGCAUGAUUUUGCCAUUACUGAGAACUAUGCAAUUUUCAUGGAUCUUCCCUUGUAUUUCAGACCAAAGGAAAUGGUUAAGGAAGGCAAGCUGAUAUUCUCAUUUGAUGAAACAAAAAAAGCUCGCUUUGGUGUCCUUCCACGUUAUGCAAAGGAUGAUUUGCUAAUCAGAUGGUUUGAGCUUCCAAAUUGCUUCAUUUUCCAUAAUGCUAAUGCUUGGGAGGAAGAGGACGAAGUUGUUUUAAUGACAUGCCGCCUUGAGAAUCCAGAUUUAGACAUGGUCAAUGGACCUAUCAAGAAAAAGCCUGACAACUUCAAAAAUGAGCUGUAUGAGAUGAGAUUCAACUUAAAAACCGGUUUAGCAACACAGAAGAAAUUAUCUGAAUCAGAUGUAGAUUUUCCUAGGGUGAAUGAGAGCUACACUGGAAGGAAGCAACGCUAUGUAUAUGGAACCACACUGGAUAGCAUUGUGAGGGUGACAGGGAUAGUCAAGUUUGAUCUGCAUGCUGCACCUGAGGUUGGAAAAACGAAAAUUGAGGUUGGAGGAAACGUCCAAGGUCUUUAUGACCUGGGACCUGGUAGAUUUGGUUCUGAGGCUAUUUUUGUCCCCCGUGUUCCUGGUAUUACUAAAGAAGAAGAUGAUGGCUACUUGAUAUUCUUUGUACAUGAUGAGAUUACUGGAAAAUCAGCAAUUCAUGUACUAGAUGCAAAAACAAUGUCCAGUGAUCCUGUUGCAAUUGUUGAGUUGCCUCACAGAGUUCCAUAUGGGUUCCAUGCCUUCUUUAUGACAGAGGAGCAAUUGCAAGAACAAGCUAAGUUCUAA